UGCAGCUCCAGCCCAGCAUGAGCACAGAUUGGCAGCAGUGGUGUUAGUGUUUCAGACGGGGAGAAGGGAGCCACAGCUCUCCGCUAAACUAAUACAUCCACUCGCCACUGACUGUAUAUUUACAGUACUUAAGCACACUGGAUCAACAACCCUUCAACAGCUUUUCCUAGUGGGUGGAAACAAACAAAAAAAAUGAACCUUCCAGACCAAUGAAGAAUUUACAAGCACAUCUUACUCCUCUAAGGAAAAAAAAAAUGCAACAGUAUGGAUUUCAUAUUUUGGGGAACACAAAUAGACGUUCAUAACCUUGCUAGUGAUUGUGCCAAAUAUUGGGAGUAAAUCCAGAAUCAAUUGCUUCCAUUUUUUUUUUUUUGCCCAGGAAUUAAAUCACUGAAAUGCUUUUCAUCUGAGGGUCUACUUUUGGAUCGCGAUGGAUUUUAUUUUGUUUCAAAGCAAGAAAAAGAAAAAAAAUGGGGGAAACUUCUCAGUUAAGAUGCUGAGCUGAGAGAUGCUGGAUGCUUUCUGGAAGUCUUUGGGAUUGAGACGGGAAUUUUGCUUUUUUAAAACCCUUAUGGAUUUAUCAGCGUUACCAAUUCACUCGCUGAUCUCUUUAACUUUGGAGUAAUCAGCUUCACCCGGAGGUGGAUGAACUCGACCUGAUUGAGUUCUCUUUUUCUAUUUAUAUAUAUAUAUAUAUAAAUGUAUAUGUUUUGUUUCCAUUAAUUCAUCGCUUAAGAAGUUUUGGUGGAUUGUUUUAUUAUGCCACAAUGGGUCUGCUAAUAUUCGCCUUUAUUUGCGGAAUACUGAUUUUUCAAGUGAACGGAUCUCGUCUCCGUCAGGAAGAUUCCCCUCCACGAAUAGUGGAACACCCUUCCGAUCUCAUUGUUUCCAAAGGAGAACCUGCUACGCUCAAUUGUAAGGCUGAAGGCAGGCCCACUCCGACCAUUGAAUGGUACAAAGAUGGUGAGAGAGUGGAAACAGACAAGGAUGAUCCACGUUCCCACCGUAUGCUUCUGCCCACCGGCUCACUCUUCUUUCUACGUAUUGUGCACGGUCGGCGAAGUAAGCCUGAUGAAGGGAGUUACAUCUGUGUGGCCAGGAAUUAUCUCGGAGAAGCUGUGAGUCGUAAUGCAUCCUUGGAAGUGGCAUUGCUGCGAGAUGAUUUCCGACAGAACCCCACCGAUGUUGUUGUGGCUGCCGGAGAACCUGCAAUUUUGGAAUGUCAGCCCCCGCGUGGCCACCCAGAGCCCACGAUCUACUGGAAAAAAGACAAAGUGCGCCUUGAUGACAGAGAUGACAGGAUCACAAUCCGAGGUGGAAAGCUGAUGAUCUCCAAUACCAGAAAAAGUGAUGCUGGUAUGUACGUGUGUGUCGGGACCAAUAUGGUGGGAGAGAGAGACAGCGAAACUGCACAGCUGACUGUAUUUGAGCGGCCAACAUUUCUGAGGCGACCGAUUAACCAGGUGAUACUUGAAGAGGAGGCAGUAGAGUUUCGAUGUCAAGUCCAGGGAGACCCCCAACCUACUGUGAGGUGGAGGAAAGAUGACGCCGAUCUUCCCAGGGGACGAUAUGACAUCAAGGAUGAUUAUAUUCUCCGAAUUAAAAAAGCAUCCAGUAGUGACGAAGGUACCUACACCUGUGUGGCUGAGAAUCGGGUUGGAAAGGUAGAAGCUUCUGCUACCCUUACUGUGAGGGCUCCACCGCAGUUUGUGAUCAGGCCGAGGGAUCAGAUUGUGGCCCAGGGUCGGACGGCCACCUUCCCAUGUGAAACCAAAGGAAACCCACAGCCCGCUGUCUUUUGGCAGAAAGACGGCAGCCAGAAUUUACUGUUUCCCAAUCAGCCUCUUCAGCCCAACAGCAGAUUUUCAGUUUCUCAGAGUGGAGAUCUGACCAUCAGCAAUGUGCAAAGAUCAGAUGCUGGAUAUUAUAUCUGUCAAGCACUGACUGUCGCUGGCAGCAUCUUGGCCAAGGCACAGCUGGAGGUGACUGACGUUUUUACUGACAGGCCACCUCCAAUAAUAAGGCAAGGGCCAUCCAAUCAGACAUUAGCAGUGGACAGCGUGGCCUUGUUAAAGUGCCAGGCUUCAGGCGACCCGAUACCCACCAUCAGCUGGUUGAAGGAUGGUGUGAGUCUCCUUGGAAAGGAUUCCAGGAUGUCUUUGCAAGAUCUCGGAAGUCUGCAAAUUAAAAACUUAAGGCUUUCAGAUUCUGGUAUAUACACCUGUGUGGCUGCAAGCUCCAGUGGAGAAACAUCUUGGAGUUCCUUCCUUGAAGUACGAGAAUCUGGAGGAGCAACUAUUAGCAAAACGUAUGAUGUGACAGAGCUGCCAGGACCGCCAUCCAAACCCCAGGUUACAGAUGUCACGAGGAAUAGUGUGUCUUUAUCUUGGCAAACAGGCUUGACAGGAGGCUCCCUGAUCACAUCUUACAUCAUUGAAGCAUUCAGUCAAUCUGUGAGCAAUAGCUGGCAAACCGUGGCUGAUCACGUGAAGACGACACAAUAUACAGUUAAAGGUUUACGGCCAAAUACAAUCUACCUGUUCAUGGUCAGGGCUGUAAACUCCCAAGGACUGAGUGAUCCCAGUCCUAUGUCUGAUCCAGUACGCACCCAAGACAUCAGUCCACCAGCUCAGGGAGUGGAUCACAGACAUGUGCAGAAAGAACUUGGAGAAGUGAUUGUCCGCCUGCAUAACCCCGUUGUCCUUAGUCCGACAACCAUUCAAGUGACAUGGACGGUGGACCGGCAAUCUCAGUUUAUCCAGGGGUAUCGGGUGAUGUACCGGCAAACCUCUGGCCUUCCUUCACCUUCCAGCUGGCAGAGUUCAGAUGUAAAGAUCCCAACUGAGAGAAGCACGGUUUUGUCCAACCUUAAGAAAGGCAUUGCAUACGAGAUCAAAGUACGACCGUAUUUUAAUGAGUUCCAGGGUAUGGAUAGUGAAUCCAAAUCUGCGCGGACAACUGAAGAAGCCCCAAGUGCUCCACCACAGUCUGUCACUGUCCUGAUGGUUGGAAAUCAUAACAGCACAAGCAUCAGCGUCUCCUGGGACCCCCCACCUCCUGAGCACCAGAAUGGAAUCAUCCAGGAGUACAAGAUUUGGUGUUUUGGCAAUGAAAGUCGAUUUCACAUCAACAAGACUGUAGACGCAGCGAUUCGGUCUGUGGUCAUAGGUGGGCUAUACCCAGGAAUCCAAUACCGAGUGGAGGUGGCAGCAAGUACUAGCGCUGGAGUGGGAGUCAAAAGUGAACCUCAGCCCAUAAUUAUCGGGAAUUUCAAGGAUGUCAUUAUGAGUGGAGCCGGCAGCAAUAACAGCAUCACCGAGCAGAUAACGGAUGUUGUCAAGCAGCCUGCUUUUAUUGCAGGGAUAGGUGGGGCAUGUUGGGUGAUUCUAAUGGGAUUCAGCAUUUGGUUGUACUGGCGACGGAAGAAGAGAAAGGGACUGAGCAACUAUGCCGUUCAGUCCUUCACCUUCACCCCUGCAGUAACCUUUCAACGUGUGGAUGGAGGGAUGAUGAGUAAUGGAAGCCGUCCAGGCUUGCUAAAUGCUGGCGAACCUGGCUAUCCCUGGUUGGCAGACUCUUGGCCCACUUCUAGUCUUCCGGUCAACAGUGGCUCCGGUGGUCCAAAUGACCUUGGAAACUUUAGCCGUGGAGAUGUGCUGCCACCAGUGCCAGGCCAAGGGGAUAAAACUGGAACCAUGCUCUCAGAUGGAGCCAUCUACAGCAGUAUCGACUUUACUACUAAAACAAGCUACAACAGCCCUGGACAGAUUUCACAAGCCACCCCCUAUGCUACCACACAGAUCCUGCACUCAAAUAGCAUCCAUGAACUUGCUGUUGACCUCCCUGAUCCUCAGUGGAAAACGUCAAUACAAACCAAGCAAGAUAUGACUGGACUGGGAUACUCUCUGCCGGAUAAGAACUCUUGCAACAACACACUCCUUUUCAUUCCUGACUACCGCCUGGCUGAGGGACUGUCUAAUAGAAUGCCACACAACCAGUCACAAGAUUUCAGCACCACGAGCUCUCACAACAGCUCAGAAAGGAGUGGCAGCCUCUCAGGUGGAAAAGGUGGGAAGAAAAAGAAAACUAAGGGAGGCUCUAAACCACAGAAGACAAAUGGGUCCAACUGGGCCAAUGUUCCCUUACCUCCUCCGCCAGUUCAGCCACUACCAGGUACAGAGCUUGACCAUUAUGGAGGAGACCAUCAUGAAGUCGGAUAUGACAGUGACACCUGGGGACCCCCUUUACCAGUACAGACAUACUUACAUCAAGGAAUGGAGGAUGAAUUAGAGGAAGAAGAUGAACGAGUACCCACACCACCAGUAAGAGGUGUUGCAUCCUCUCCUGCUGUGUCCUUUGGACAACAAUCCACGGCAACCCUCACACCCUCGCCGCGAGAAGAAAUGCAGCCCAUGUUACAGGCCCACCUAGAUGAACUCACUAGGGCUUAUCAGCUGGACAUCACAAAACAAGCCUGGCAAAUGCAAGGCAACUCACAUCCCCCUCAGGCCCCUGCACCUCCUCUGGGCUAUAUAUCCAGCACUCUGAUCUCAGACCUAGAAAAUGACAUUCCGGAUGAUGAAGAUGAAGAUGAGGAAGACGAUGAGGGUUAUGAAGUCGCAAGGCCACUUAGGGGUAUUGAACAUACUCCAGGUUCUAGCAUGGACAAUCUUGACAGUUCAGUGGCAGGUUCAAUGGUUAAUGGAUGGGGUUCUGCUUCAGAGGAGGAGCGUAACUUCUCUAGUCAUAGAUCUAGCAUAGGUAGCUCCUCUGAUGACUCCAUGUUUACCAACAGUAGCUUUGCCCAGGCAUUGGUUGCUGCUGCAGACAAAGCUGGCUUCAGGUUUGAUGGAACAAGCUUAACCAAAAAAGGUAAAGGUUACUCCUCCUCCUCUCAAAGACAUCGUCCUGGUAGCCCUUUUUCCACAGACAGUAACAACAGUGCAGCCUACAGCCAGAGUCAAAAGGCCAGGCCAGCCAAAAAACACAAGGGAGGACGGUUAGACCAGACAAACAUUUCUCACCGUAGGGAGGGCGCACUAGAUGAUCUCCCUCCACCUCCAGAUCCACCUCCUUGUCAAGUGUCUAGAUUACAUUCUAGUUCUGGGCAGAGGACAGGAAGCACAGGGGGGCCUACAGAAAAGAAAGCAAGCUCCCUCGAAAGACAACAAGUCUCCAACUUAGAAGACAAGAGUUCAUUGGAGCGCCAAACUAGAACAUCACUUGAGAGGCAAAGGCAUGGCCAGGAACGUGGAGGGUCAAUGGAGCGCAAUGAUGACCUUAGAAGACACCAUAAGCAAGCACUUGUAUCAGAAGAAGCAUUAGUCCCAUACAGUAAGCCAAGCUUCCCUUCCCCAGGGGGACACAGUUCUUCAGGGACAUCAUCUUCAAAGGGAUCAACGGGACCUCGGAAAGGCGAGGCAACCAGGCUGCCACAUCAGCGUAACAUCACCGACCUCCUGGAUCAAGGACACAUGGGAACAAACAGCCAGGGCCAGUAUCCUGGAGAAUUGUAGUAAACCGAAAAGGAGGCCAAUUCUGAAUCGACAUGGUCUGAUCUCAAAGAAGAGAUGACACCAGUUGGUGCAAUGAACAUUUUCUUUAUUUAUGUACUAUUGAGAAACAAAAAACCAGAAAUCUGUAAAUGUGAUGUAAAGACACACAGACACACAUAUCCCACAGAUGAUUUUCUUAUGCUUUUUUUGUCCUCCUCAAAAACACCUCCCACCUUAACUAUUUCUUGUCAGGAGAAAACAAAGAAAAAAUGUAUCUAAAGAGAAAGAAAAAAAGGAUUACCCUCAGAUGCAAAGGGAUUUUGUUUCUGUAAAUAUUAUUUUUUUUUCUUUUUGCAUUGCUAUGCAAGCUCACUUCUUUUUAGCUUUUUUCAUAUGAUACUGUCUGUUUUUAUUCGUCGGAUGUAUUAUAUGUGAAUUAAUAGGCUGUGGUGCCAUAAAAUAAUUGUUUUUAUUGUAUGACAUUUUUAUGUUUGUUUGUUUAAUGUUUUGCACUGCAAUUUUUUGGUGAUAAGCACAAAACCUUAACUCCUUGUGACAUGAAGAAAUCCAGAUGAAUUGUGAAGGGAGUUCAUGUACUGUAAACUAUUAAAAGAAAAGAACAC